CAAACCAAAUUGAAAGUCUCUCCUUUUACACACACCACUCAAACCAACCAAAAACCGCACUCCCCACAAAUUAGGACAAACACGACACAGCAACAACAACAAGAUAAGAAAAAAACUCAUUUCUCUUUCUUGUUCUUCUCAUUUCAAAUGAAAAACUUGAACACAUAGAAAGUUAGAAACCAAACAAACCCUAGAAGAACCAAAUCAGAAUCAAUGGCCGACAACAAAGCCGGCCCUAGCACCAGCUUCAAGAAGGACAUCCAUGGCGGCGCCGGCGGUCUUUUGCUAGGGCGGUUCGAGAUAGGGAAGCUUCUCGGCCAUGGAACCUUCGCGAAGGUCUACCUCGCUCGGAACGCCAAGUCCGGCGAGAGCGUCGCGAUCAAGGUCAUCGACAAGGAGAAGAUCCUCAAAGGAGGCUUAAUCGCCCACAUCAAGCGCGAGAUCUCCAUCCUCCGCCGCGUCCGCCAUCCCAACAUUGUCCAGCUUUUCGAGGUCAUGGCCACCAAGGCCAAGAUCUACUUCGUCAUGGAGUACGUCCGCGGCGGCGAGCUCUUCAACAAGGUCGCCAAAGGGAGGCUCAAGGAGGAGGUCGCGAGAAAGUACUUCCAGCAAUUGAUCUCCGCCGUCGGAUUUUGCCACGCCCGCGGCGUCUUCCACCGAGAUCUCAAGCCGGAGAAUCUCCUCCUCGACGAGAACGGUAAUCUCAAGGUAUCUGAUUUCGGAUUGAGCGCCGUCUCCGACCAGAUCAGGCAGGACGGCCUCUUCCACACGUUUUGCGGAACGCCGGCGUACGUCGCGCCGGAGGUCCUGGCCAGGAAGGGCUACGACGCCGCGAAGGUAGAUAUCUGGUCUUGUGGUGUGAUCUUGUUCGUUUUGAUGGCUGGUUAUUUGCCUUUCCAUGAUCAGAACGUUAUGGCGAUGUAUAAGAAGAUUUACAAAGGCGAAUUUCGGUGUCCGAGAUGGUUUUCGCCGGAGCUAAUUAGGCUUCUGACGCGUCUUCUGGAUACAAAUCCGGAGACGAGGAUAACAAUCCCAGAGAUUAUGGAGAAUCGGUGGUUUAAAAAGGGAUUCAAACACAUCAAAUUCUACAUUGAGGACGACAAGCUCUGUAAAGUAGAGGACGUAUUUGAGAAGCAGGAAACGGAUGACACUAGCUCGGUUUCAGAUAUGUCGGAAUCGGAUUCUGAAAUUGAGACUCGGAGGAAGCUUACGACGCUGCCGAGACCGGCCAGCUUGAAUGCUUUUGAUAUAAUUUCGUUCUCUCGGGGGUUUGAUUUGUCCGGAUUGUUCGAGGAAGGUUCCGACGAGGCAAGGUUCGUGUCCGGUGCGCCGGUUUCAAAGAUAAUAUCGAAAUUGGAGGAGAUUGCGAAAGUUGUGAGUUUUACAGUGAGGAAGAAGGAUUGCAGGGUGAGCUUGGAAGGUUCCAGAGAGGGCGUGAAGGGUCCAUUGACGAUCGCGGCUGAGAUAUUCGAGUUGACACCGUCAUUGGUGGUGGUGGAGGUGAAGAAGAAAGGAGGGGACAGAGCAGAGUAUGAGCAUUUCUGCAACAAAGAAUUGAAGCCCGAAAUGGAAAAUAUUAUCACAUUUUGGCAAUCAAAUGGAAGACAGAGAGAGAAACGUAAGAGUGAGGAAUUUCUCAUUUCAUCUGGUGUGUGCAAUUUCCCUAUAAGGUAUAUAUUCCCAGCGCAUUGGUAAAGCUUCAAGUUUAGAUGAAAUCAUGAAAUGGUAAGUGACAUUUAUGGAAAAUAUGGAUUUGAAUUGUGCUGUGUUAUCAACGGUAAGAAAAGCAUUUGAAUUAAUCUGUUUCAACCUUAAAGUUGGCGCUGACUGAGUUUAAUGGUUGUGCUGGAGGAGGAAAAUAGUUAGAACUUAGAAGCGACCCUUUGAUACCAAACCCUGAAGUUCUGGAGAAUGACCAUUUCCUGUCUCGUUUUAAUUGGAUCCUUAUUGUUUGAACGAUCAGGCCGCCGGUUUGUUAUUUUAGACGCAUACACGCAAGAAAGGAAAACCACAAAAGAAAAGAGAAAACCCGUGAACCAAACAUACCU